GCCCGAAGCUAUUUUGUGCGCGAUGUUACUGCGGCCGACUCCAGUCACACUUUGCGCCAACACCGCUACCGAGCUCGCGUGAAGCCAGUCCACUUUGAAAAUAGAACCAUCCUGUAUAUUAAUUGAUUCCGUUCAAUUACUCUGUGUGUUAAGGGAAGAUCAUGGCAGCCGAAGCUGGACCCGCUCAACCAGGGUUGGCCCCACCGGAGGCCGAGACUGGACCUGAUGGAGAGAUCAUUGGAGGACCUCGCACCCCUCAGCAAAUUGCUGCUCAGAGGAGGUUGCAGCAGACUCAAGCUCAGGUCGAUGAGGUGGUGGACAUAAUGAAGACAAAUAUGGACAAGGUGCUUGAUCGAGAUGUGAAGUUAUCGGAACUGGAUGACAGAGCAGAUGCGCUACAGUACGGAGCAUCACAGUUUGAACAGCAAGCGAAGAGCUUGAAGAACAAAUUCUGGCUACAAAAUCUUAAGAUGAUGAUAAUAAUGGGUGUGAUUGGGAUCGUCAUAAUAGGCCUACUAUUUGGAAAAUAUAUGUAAUUACAUAAUUCACUCGUCGCAUCCGUUGGGUUCCACUUCAAAUGAGAAGCUGAUUUAUAAUAUAACAUUUCAUUAUUUAUCUAAAUAUAUACGUAUAAUAAAAUUGUAACAAUUAGACUCUAAACUAUAAUAAAAAGGAACGAAUGGUUACACAAUAUACGGCUGUUUUUU